UAUAUAAAGCGGGACAACACAGAACUUCCCAGUUACACCAGGCAUCCUGGCCCAAAGUUUCCCAAAUCCAGGCGGCUAGAGGCCCACUGCUUCCCAACUACCAGCUGAGGGGGCCCGUCCCGAGAAGGGAGAAGAGGCCGAAGAGGAAACAUGAACUUCUAUUUACUCCUAGCGAGCAGCAUUCUGUGUGCCUUGAUUGUCUUCUGGAAAUAUCGCCGCUUUCAGAGAAACACUGGCGAAAUGUCAUCAAAUUCAACUGCUCUUGCACUAGUGAGACCCUCUUCUUCUGGGUUAAUUAACAGCAAUACAGACAAUAAUCUUGCAGUCUACGACCUCUCUCGGGAUAUUUUAAAUAAUUUCCCACACUCAAUAGCCAGGCAGAAGCGAAUAUUGGUAAACCUCAGUAUGGUGGAAAACAAGCUGGUUGAACUGGAACAUACUCUACUUAGCAAGGGUUUCAGAGGUGCAUCACCUCACCGGAAAUCCACCUAAAAGCGUACAGGAUGUAAUGCCAGUGGUGGAAACCAUUAAAGACACUUUGAGUAGAUUCA